CAGAGUUACAUAUGGGAAAUCUAGACUGCGAAAGGAAGGUUAAUGAUUGUGAUUUUCUUAUGAGUAAAGGGAUUUUCAAUCUGCUCCUCUCACUUUGAUCUCUUGCAUGUAGUUUGAUUAAACUCCCAAAAAUAUUUGGGUUGAUAAAUGCUUAACAUGUAUAUCAUUUUGUAAACCCAUGUCACUACAUUUUGGACAGCGAGACCGAGACAUGCUGUUGCCUUGUGAAACAGGAUGCUGUUUUCUAUCUGUGAGCUUAGUGGUUGGGGGUGACAGCAGCAGGAGGUGUGUAUGUAAAUGUUGGACUGUACAAAGCCCUACUUGUAGGCUGUUCGGUUAGGCUACGUUAGGGCUAUACUCUUCAUGUGCAUCGUCUUGUCAUUCUGAGAGUCUGUAUGAGCUGUUGUGACUGAUGGCUCCAGCAUGCUGGUGAGAAGCUGCUGUAAUAGGAGAACUCAUCUCUUCUCUCUGGAUCAAACUCUCCUGGCGCCCUACCUUCAGGACAGGGGUUGGAGGUCCCAUAGGUAGGCCUUCCGUAGGCAAUUCAGUGAUGAGCCAUCGCAGGGUGUCUUUGAAGGAGCUGGGUCAAGUGGACUGCCAGGGCUGGCUCUACAAGAAGAAGGAGGGCAAGGGCUUCCUGGGAACCAAAUGGAAGAAGUACUGGUUUGUUCUGAAGAAGACCGCCCUGUACUGGUACACUGGUCAGACGGCUGAGAAAGCAGAAGGAUACAUCCACCUAUCAGACUUCACUGUCGACCAAGCAACAGAGUGCAAGAAGAAGCAUGCUAUAAAGGCCAGCCAUCCACAGGUUGUGACACUCUACUUCGCUGCUGAGCGUCUGAGUGAGAUGAACAAGUGGCUGUCCAAACUGUCAGCAGCAGUGGCUGCUGCACUGAAGGAGUCGUCAGAGGGGAACACUGGAGAGUGCUACAGUGAGGAGAGUGACCAAGAGGUUGAGUCUCUGGAGACAUCUGACCCUGAGCAGCUGACCAUAGACUCUGUGAGUGGAGAUGUCCCCCCAUCUUGCUCCACCUCGUCCCCCUGUCACUCCACUGGCCCAGUGUCUGCCCCUGACAGCAUUGUGACUUCAGAGAGCAUGCAGUCCUGGCUGGAUGUCCCUUCUGCAGAGAGGGCAGUGGGACAGGGUGCUCCCCUCCACCCCCUCAGACUGGAUGAGGAGGAUGGACCGGGGGCUGAGGCCCAGGGAGGAAAGGAGGAGGGCACAUCUGAUGAAAUGGAGGCACUGUACAUCCAUCUAAAGCAUGCCAGACUAUCUCCAACUGGAGAACUGAAGAGGGACUUCAGAGCGUCAUUCAUUCAACGCUGCAAAAAUGACCAAGUCAAUAACAAGCUGCAUCUGGUUAGGACCCUCAACAGCACUUUGAAGGCAAAAGAAGCCGACCUGUUGGCUAUAGAACACGUGCUGGCAGAUCCCAUUCUUACUGCACAGAGGUAUCGUCAGUGGAGGGUUGGUAACGUGGCGCUACUGCAGGAGAUCACUAAUCGCAAAAAGGACCCACCUGGUGGCAGCAGAGAGCAGUCUUUCCCCCUCGGAGCUCCACGGACCCACUGCAUCGCUGACACCAGUGCGUGACCGACACACAACAAUGGUAUGCAUAGAGGCAUCGGAUACUAUUCUUCACGGCCCGUAUUUAUAAAGCGGCUCAGUUUAGGAGUGCUGAUCUAGGAUCAGGCAUGUCCGUAUAAAAACAACAACAUUCUAUUCCUUAUUUUAUCGAGGAUAUUCCUGAAAAUGUGCCGUGGAUAUUCCUAUGCUUUCUUGUAGGAAUGGUUAUCCAUGUUUCUUAAAAUCUUUUGAACACAUUUUAUUUUAUGACCUGUGCAGUAUAGUGCCACUUAGGGAUUUUGGGAAUAAGAUGCUCCCUCUUUUAAGGGGAAACGUGAUUAAAAUGGGACAUUUUGCAUUUCUGAUAUUCCUUUACAAAUGUGUUUGCUAAAUCACAGGGUAAUGUAUCCUAUCACUGGGUAAGGGUUGGGGGUUAUACCAUUUUUCUAGUCACCACUGUUUGUAACACUGAAAUUAGGGAAGGUUGUUCUAGGUACACACCUAGUUCAAUUAGUAUAACAUCACUGAGUCUGGCCUAAGUACAGUUUAUCUAAAUAACUUUUCCUAUCAUAAGUAAAUCAGUGUUGACUGAAUUAUAUUUAAAUUUGUUUUUAAUAUGAAUACAUUUGAUCAUUUAAACAUUGUAAAUAUUUUGUACAUUGUAUGGUUUUGUGGAACUAACUUGUACUGUUUUUUACAUGUUGUAUCAAUUUAACAAGAAUAUGCUAAACAA